AUUCCCGAACGUUCAAACGGCGAACCAGUUGGAGUUUGGCGUACGGUCCGCUAGGGUUUCCCCGUCACCUCCCUCGCUCCCGCAGGCAGGGAAAAUGGCACGGGUAUAUGUUGGUAACCUGGAUUCUCGUGUUACAGAACGGGAUCUUGAGGAUGAGUUUCGCACAUUUGGAAUUAUAAGAAGUGUGUGGGUCGCCCGAAGACCACCGGGAUAUGCUUUUAUUGAUUUUGAUGACCAUAGGGAUGCACAAGAUGCGAUCCGUGAGCUAGAUGGUAAAAAUGGCUGGAGAGUUGAGCUCUCUCAUAACUCUAGUGGUGGACGUGGUGGUCGUGGUGGUCGAUCUGGUGGUUCUGAUUUGAAGUGCUAUGAAUGUGGUGAGCCUGGACACUUUGCUCGGGAGUGCCGCCUGCGUGUGGGUUCACGAGACGUCGGUCGCAGCCGCAGCCGCAGCCGCAGCCGCAGUCGCAGUCCAAGAUACCGCAGGAGCCCAAGCUAUGGUCGAAGGAGCUACAGCCCACGUGGUCGAUCUCCAAGACGUCGCAGUCUCUCUCGUGGUCGCAGCUAUAGCAGGUCGCCCCCAUUCCGCGCCCGUGACGAAGUGCCAUAUGCUAAUGGCAAUGGUCGUGAUCGUCGCCGAAGCAGGAGCUGAAUGGUGCAGAGCUAAAAAAUGUGGUUUUGUCUGGAUCGUAUCUGGAUUAAGUGUGUUUAGUAGUUUGGACUUGGUACAACUUUGUUUUAGUCGGGCCUCGCCCUCAGCCCCACCUCUUCGAUUUGGAUAAGUUCUCAUUACUGAGUAUGUUUUCCUGUCUUUUACUUUGUCAGAAUUAUUAUGGUUAUGUUACAGGUAAAGGAUCUUAAGAUAUCUGCUGGUAGAUAGUUCUUCAUAGUUA